AUGGCUAAAAAAUCAUGGGGAACUAUUACUCAUCCGAAAGAAAGGAAUCCGAAUUGUCUAAUGGGGUACCAGAAAAUGACAGGAGAUGAGGUCCAUCGAAUGGUUAACAGGCUGUAUGAACCUGACUGGGUGAAUCGCACUGAACGAAAACAGCCAGAACCAAACAGACGAUCCAAAGUGGAAGUCACAGAUAUGGGAAGUGAGGAGAUUGAAAAGAUGGUGGACAGGCUAACAAGGAAUGCAGAGAAAAAAGUCACGGAUAGUGAUCGGACUGGAUCUAUGCGAGAACAGGGCGUUGUGAACACGUACGCUUGGAAAGGAUGGAACUAAUAACUAGAAUGCGUGGCUCCUGAGAGCAGGGAGCGAUUUUCUUAUUGCUUCUUUUGAGGUUCAAUACAUGCGCUACGCAGGCAAGGAACUGCCUAAAAAAAAGCACUUUAUUUGAGUGUCAAUGUAUUUAGCACGAAAGUACUAAUUGGGGACACUAUUUAUACGUCUCCUACUGGAGGCGGGACCGCCAUUUAACGUGGUCAUCCGAGCCAUGUGAAGGUUUAGCGAUUUGAAGGGCAUGCGCAAAGGCAGUGCCUUCAUUUCUCAGUUAUUUUAAGACCCUGAGUAUUGGAGUACACUGCCUUGGGGGACUCCUGCUGAGAUUUCUUUCUAUUUUGAGUACUGGUCACCUUAACCCGCUCAAGUCGAUUGGUGUUAUCGUCAGCUCCAUAAGAUUUAAGGUAUCGAAUGCUUUGGAAAGGUCCAUCGACACAAUUCCAGUGAUAUUAUAUUGGUCAAGUUCCUUUCUCCACUGUUCUGCGAGGAUUAGCAGAACAGUAUCCGUUCCAUGAUUUUUCCUGUAUGCGAAUACAUGUUCAAAAAAAUAUCUUCAAAAUAGGGACUGAUUCUUGAAUGAAUUUUAGUUUCAAAUACUUUUGACCAAGGCGGCAAAAUAGUUAUCGGUCUGUAGUUAGCCUUGAUCAAGCAACAAUCCUUCUUGAAAACUCGUGAGACUUCUCGGAGUUUCCAUCGUUGAGGUAACUUAGACUUAUCUAGGAUAAAGGGUGGCACAGUAUUUCGGCAGAUUCUUUUAUGGCUCUCGGUGGAAUACGAUCACAGCCUGUUGCCUUGUUUGCUUUGAUCUUCAUCAUAGCUUCUUUUACUUUGGCGGGGUUUGUUUUCCUUGUCCAGGGCAAUUCUGUAGUGUGUUUUUGAGUGCACAUUGCAGGGAUAUUUGACUGAAACUGAUCUUCACGAGCUUUAACCCAUAUACUGAUGUGUGUAAGUUAGCUAAAGCAGAUAUCUUUCAACUGUUCAAGAGCCAGAAAUGCAAUCAAUCAAUCCAUCAAUCAAUCAUCAGAUGUUAUUUAGAUUUAAGGAGUGAAUACCAUUGAGCAGUUGAGUAGUUUCUUCUGUGAUGUAAUUAUAUUUUCAAAACACUUGAAAGAGAUGUUGCCAAUUAGACAAAUAAAACUUAAUUUCUUGGGCGAAGCUUAAUGUGGUCAAAAACCGGUUUUCUCUUUUUCCCUUUAAACAUAGAUCAGUACUUGUAUGUAGCAAACGUCAUGCACCAAACGAACCGCCCUUGAACACUCGAAAGGUGCAUGCCUACCAUGCCACCAUGGUCAAACUUCUGAGGCGUUUUUUUGUGGAAUUUCUUAACUUUUUUCUUAUUUUUCUCAAAAUUAUAAGCGUCUUUCCGCGUAAAAAUGAUGACACUGAUUGACAACUGGCAGUACGAUCAUUGGCUUCAAUUUUAACACUUAUAUAAAACUUUUUUUACUAAACUUUCCAAAAACUUAUAUGUAAAUCAUCCCUGUGUUGUUAAUACAAACUUUGAGUACUGAAAGCAAUAACCUUAGCUUGGAGUUACUUGGUAGCUAAUUAGCUAACUUUUGCAAAUUUUUCUCGUGUGACGGCGGGGAAGCCUACAUACGGCUAUAAAGAACGCAUACCGUAAAAUUCCGAAAAUAAACCCCUCCAUGUUUAAGCCCCUCCAAAUAUAAGCCCCCCAAACCGGUAACGCAAAAAACGCUCUGUUAAAUCGCCCCUCCAAAUAUAAGCCCCCCGGGGGCUUGCACUUAGAAAAUUGCCAUCAAAUACAAUGAAUAACAAAGCAAAAACGGUAAAUUUACUUCCAACUAUACGGUUAGCCCAAUCGAUUUUGAAACACAAAUUUCCCUCCGUAGAUAAGCCCCUCCGAAUAUGAGCCCCUCCAAAAAUAAGCCCCUCAAAAAGGGCCUUUGAAAAAUAUAAGCCCCGGGGCUUAUUUGCGGUAAUUUGAACUUAACGUCGCUGUUUAUAGUCAACAAAAAACUCCCCGCGCUCAGUACUCCUCUUUCUCCCAAACGUCCAAACUCACCUGUGUUUUCCGUAAGUACACCCCCGGACCUAAACUAGGCUUUAUGAUCCAAUAUAUAUCACUCGAAUCAUGCUGCGUCAAAGGAACCGGUAAAUCCCAUCUGGAUAUAAGCCAUCGGUAUCUUCAGUCUGUUGUUACUUGCCACUACAUGUACUGGCUUGUGUAUUCGUUCUAUAGGCUGUCGCUGAAAGCAGGCACUUGAUAUUCAUAGAAAAAGUAGUAAGUUUUCGAUUGCUGCGCUAGGACAAAGCGUAGCGUCCUUUUACGCAUGCACAUACACCCGUGCGUUCAUGUACAGCUGAAAUAUGGAAAAAUUAUAUACGUUUUACUUCCUGAAAAAGCCAUUUUUCAUCAUUAAAUCGGGAUGACUGAUACAUUUUUUCACUAUAUUGGUGUAUUUGUGUUAGUAUCGCUUUUAAUAUUCCAUAAUUCUGAUGACGUCAGACAUUGUACCUUACCGACAACACUAGGAGUGGGUAAAAUAAACAACUGAAUACUGCAUUUUCCUGCGUAUUGAUUUGCUGAAAAUGUCCUCCGGGCCCCUUUAGGUUGGGCCGCCUUCGGCGCUACAACUAUUCUUUCAUGAUCAGUGCAUGCGUACACCUUCAAAAUCUCACGCUACGUCCCUGCAUAAGUUUAUGAUACAGCCAGGCUGUGUAAUGCAAGAGCCCAAUACAACACCAAGGGAGGGUAUUAACAGUAGUAACGGCCCAGCAGGUUUUUGUUUCAGUUACAGUAUUCCAACAGAAAGCCUUUUUUUAUUAACUAUUAUUUCAAUUUAGCCAAUAGUAAAGAUAAUAACGCUUCAAUUUACGCCAGUUGCCGUGACAACACUUACAAGUUUAUCAACAUACCGUAACAUGAAAGGCUCUCACCUGCGUCUCAAUUAAAAAUAAAUAAGACCUAAUUAUUUCCCUGCUUUUUACUGGAUUUCGAAUACAGAUAGCAUAGGGUAUUAAAUAACAUCAAUACUGUAAUCGCGCCUCAGUCACCAGCUUCAACAAUGGCUUACGCUCGCGACUACUGCGUACCCUCUCAAGAUUCAAUUCAAUCCCAGGUUCAUUCUCAGAUUGAAAACCUGAAUAGAAGACUAGAAGAAACCAGCGAUUUACUCCGGUAUUCCGCUCCGAGAAGUAGGACAAAUGAUCGUCAACAGCGUGACAGGCUGGCACUCAGACUAAAGAACAUCGAGGAACUGAGGGAACUUCCAAGAGUUCAUAAACGCGAUGAUCGUGAUGACUCUAACAGUUCGUGGACGACCAAGGAGCGUGACGAACGUCCAAAAAGGGAAAGCCUCCACAUUUUUUUCCAGUGGAGGAAGCAACUAAUAAUUUUCUACGACGCCCUUGGGGACGCUAUUGAGGAACUAUUACAGUUUGAUGGCAGGAAAGCGCGUCGUGCAGUCGAAGAAUUGUUAGAGCUCAAGGAUGAUAUAGCGUCAAGUCUCGUGCGCACUGCUAAAUGGACUCAAAAGGACCUGGACAGUCUAGUGUGCACCAACACUGUUCGAGAGCAACGAAGUUUUCAGUCAUCCAAAAAGAAACUCAGGUCGAUUGCACAUGAAGCAGAAAGCGUCAGGCAACUUUCGCACACUUUGUCCACUCAAAUGAAGGGUCAGCUAGAAGAGCUGAAGAGUGAUUGCGUCGCCUUGGCAAAAGACCUGGUCGCUAUGAACCGAAUCCUGGAAGGGCGAAAACAGGCUUUGGUUGAAUGA